CAGAAGAAAAUUCAUUUCGAUAGCGACGAUUGCACCGUUGAGACGUGUGUGUUCUUUCACGCUGGGUCAAAACUACCGAUAUUGUUUUUACGUGACGGCGCUUAAUUUUGUUUUCCGAGCGACUCGCGGUGAUAUGUCGUAACAAAGUGGCUGUACAUUUGGUUUACCAUUAGUGACACAAACAAAGACAAGUGUGUAAUUUCAGAGAAAAAUUGGAUAUUUCUCUUUUAAGGCCACGUGGAUAAUCGCGCAAGAUCUUCUUCAACAUGAGGCCGUCAACAGUGGGGUAACAUUUUUUGUUCUUCCAUCUCCUGUGGCGCACCCAUUUCCUUAUUUGCUACACAUGCCUAGUAAUGUUGGUAUGUAUCGCGGUCGUUUCGUCCCUGGAAUCUCCUAAGAAUUCUUCAUCUUCCAAGCGAUGGAGCAUCCGAAAAACCAACUGCGAAUUGAAAAAGAAUUUUAAAUUGUGGGCGAAAUCGUUGAAGAAUGAUAGCCUGUCGAUCUUGAGCCGAACUACAAAGAAGACUAAUCCAAUCGGUUUCAUCCGCAAGCAAUUGGAAGCGAGUAAAACCUACAAUCCGUCGGAUCCGCUUCACGCCUAUCCAAACAAAUGGGAUUUAUUGGUGCAUAGCCUGUUUCAGAAAUUGUCACGAUUCGAAGUGAAUAAUGCGGACGCCAUUCGAAAAGUGAUCCGGGUCGUCAGAACUUUGACAAUCAUCGGCUUAGUUGUCGGAACUCUGGGAAUCGUUCUGGUCGUCGCGUUACCGUUCAGUACGGCAGCGCUCGCCUUUGGUAGGAAAGAAGACGAGGGGGAGGACAAAAACGACGUGGUUGACUGGAGCUAUGUUGAUCAAAUUUCGCAAAGCGUCAUUCACGCCAUUGAAAAUGGCAUGCUCAAAUACGAAAUGUGACACGUCGCUAAUUCUCUAGCCAAGAACAUAUUGGUAGUUUUAUUUUAUUAAAUUUUUUUUGUGAAUGCUCAGGUUGCCAAGUGCCACACCUUUGACAAUAUUUAAAAACGAUUCUCAUAAAAUGUUUUUAGUUAAAAAGAUAAGCAAAAAAAGAAAAAUUGGACAACGCCACCAGAAGUCAAACUGUUGGAACGAGCUUUUACCCACUAGCGUUUCAUUCAAACACCAUGGUGAUUAGCAUUUAACGCUCUAGUGAAAAAGCCAAAACAGAAUUAAUUGAAAUCAGGUUUUGUACCGAUGAAUUUUCCCAACUAACAAGAAGCUGAUCGAGAAACACGCAAAAGUUCAAGGUAUUUAAGCGAUGGCACAUCCCCGUGGACACAAGUCGUGAACCGUUUCUCACAUGUUCGGGUCACGCACUAAAACCAUUCCUUCACGCCGAUCAACCAAAAUCCGGUUUUUUUUUCCAUGCAAAACACAAAUAUUUAAGUUAUAUUUAUUUGAGUAAGUUUGUUAGUCCACGAUCAAGUGAUUUACCGAUUGUUUUAUUAAUUUAUUAUCACGAAAGACCAGAGAAACAAUAAAUGCCAUCAACAAUC